CAGAGCGAUCAGGUCCUCCAGUCUCGCCCCUCCUCCAUGCCAACAGCACACUCGUCGUCCCACAACUCGUCAGCCAAUCCCUUCCGAACCGCUCACCUACGGCCUCCAAUACGAGAUUUACUUCAGCACGAACACCCAGAAGGAGCCCUGGUUCCUCAAGCUGAACUUCAACGGCGGGGUCCCGAUGAUCACCGACCGCGCGCGGAACAACCUCAACGUAGUCGAGUCGGCAGGCGAUCCCGCUCUAUCUCAACCAGCACUUUGACAAGGAGAACAAGUUCGGCUUCGAUCGUGACACGCAGGAACCGUUACGAUAACCGCCACAACGAUGACGACGGCACCCUCAACGAAGAGGGCAAAGAAGAGCGACAGCAAAAUAAGGGCAGUGAGGCCUCCGAGGCGAGUAGAUACACUCCUCGUCCCCCGUCCGCGACACUCCCCGUAUGACCUCCGAACAACCCGUAUGCCUCGCAAUCAAACCACUUUGAUGCGACGAUGUUCGAGCGUGACACCGUCAACAAUCUGAGGAACAGCAGCGCUCAGGAUGUUCCGUUGGCUGGCACACGGGAGCGUGCAUCGCAAUCGCCCUCGCCUCCUCAACAGGAGCCUCAUAGACAGCAGAUUCCUUACCCUCCAUAUGAUCCUCGUCAGUAUUCGAUGAACCUGAACCGCGUUCUCGAUCAGCGGCUUGGAUACGGAUGGAAUCAGACGAGCGUCCAAUCUGACAACAUGCAGAGCCUUAAUGACGGCCCUACGUCCUCGUACCUCCGGACUUUCCUAGGCUCAGGGAGCGUCCGACCUGGUGCACCCAUUUCACCUACUCCCCAGAGCCACACCUCAACCCUUUCUCCCUCGCCGCUCAUCUCUGCCACUCCCUCUGACAUCGAGCCCAGGCAGAUCGGCUGGCCAUACCCAUACCCAUUCAUGCACAUCCACCGCUCGACGGUGUCCCGCCCCACGCCUGCUAUGUCCUCGACCUAUGAUCCGAACAACCCGAACAUCAUCCGUGAGCAGCUCGCGCUGCAGAUGCAUAUCUACGCACUCAACAACGGCCUUGCGCCUCCCUCCUCCGAGUCCGCGUUCUCCCCGUCUUCGACGCCCUUCCCGGGCCCUGAAUACAACCCGUGGGUGUUUGUACCUGCUUGUGGGGGCCUCAGACUCAAUGGCCAGUCAAUGGCGGCGAGCAUCCGGUCGAGUCCGAGUCAUGAACCCGUGAAUUUUCUCCUGCCCCCCGCGAUGCGCGGACGUGGAUUGCGGCGGCGCGAGCAGAACAGACACUUGCGCGCGCAACACACUGCUCGGCCCGCCCGUAGGAUCAAGCCUCCUCCGCAUGUCGAUAGCACCCAGCCGAGAGAGACAAGUCCGGAGCCGUCGUCCGGCGAGAAGACCGCAGGUGAAGAGCGCUUCGUCGAUCAGUACGUCAGGGAGCUGGAAGGUAGCGUGGGCAGGAAGGAACGGGACUGGAACGGAACGGAGAUAGAGGUCUCCCCGGCUGCAGAUGACGACGGGGAGUGGGUCGAUGAGGAAGAGAAGCGGAGAAGACGGUUGGACACGCGUUGGGAUGCUUUGGUCCAGGCAGCUCUCGAUCGCGAGAUGGAUGCGACCUUGGUUGUCCUUGCUGCGCCAUCUCACACCACCAAGCUUCACUCACUCGCGUCGUGA